AGAUAUGCCCGUCGUUCAUCACUUUCUGAUUUAAGCUCAGAUGAUGAACGAGAAGUUCCUAAACACUACAUAGGAAACGUGGUACUUCUGAUAGUGCCAUUGGCGAUUCUUGAUGACUUCAGCAAUAACGGAAUUAUACCUUUUGUUAUGAAUGCAAGAAAUUCCCAUCUGGAAUUGAUUGCUAAAACGCACCCAAUUCGUGUCGAAAUAAUGCUUCCUUUCUUGUGGAUCUUGAUCACCUUCAGCAACCAGAGGAUUUACUUUCGGAUGAUCUUGGUUCCUGAGAACAGAGUAAGACAGCAACGAAAAAGUACCUCUUAGCUUGGAAUGACGGUCUUGUCACCAAGGUUACAAAGGUUCCUGAACACCGCGAAGAUGGACAUUGUGUCUGUCGAAAAACAUUUAUCAACAAAAGUGAUAAUUCCCUUCGAAAGACCAUCGCGAACGUCGUUCUACCCGAUUCUCAACACCACAAUGUGGAGUUUGUACGUUUCUACUUCGAGGGAGCGUCAGAGCACCGGAUAAAGUUAAAGGCUCAUGGAAAUGCCACGACUAGUUCCAUACCUUACCUCAGAACGUACGGGAGCACAGAGACAAAGAUGAUGGGUGCUGUAAGCAGAAAUAAAGCUGGAUUGAAGAGAGUUGUUUACCAGGUGGAAGAGGACGUCGGGGGCCUUAAAAAGUGCAAAUCUGGUGGUCAGUUACCUCGCAGUGAAAUACAAGUCAAGUAUUUGAAAGUUGAGAGUCAGCCACGCAAAGCUGUAAAGGAUCCUAUUUUUCAAAUCACUGAAAAGAUGAAAGAACAGUCACAAACAGGAGAAAAUUCAUUCGGGCAUGCUAUUAGAUGA